AUGACAAAGGUACAGGUGUGUGUGAUGACAAAGGUACAGGUGUGUGUAGGAGACACUGAUCUCAGCCUCUUCUUCUGCUGCAGCAGGAGCAGCCUUUUGUUUACAUCCAGGCAGCGCCACAGCUACACCCUGCCCUCAGCCGCAGAGACACUUCCAAAGCAGUCUGUCCUUUAUGCAUUCAUCCUCCCCUUCGUCCCCUUCGUUCCCCAUCGCCCCCCGUCCUCCCCCAUCGCUGCCUUUAAGCCCGGACCAUGUGACAGCAUUAAUCUGGCCGCAGCACCCGUCACCUCCUCUCGGUCGCAGCUGCAGAUUUGA